CUCACUAUUUGUAUCUAGAAUUUAGUAGAAGCAAAGUUACUUGUAAUGGUAGAACCUGAAUUUGGAGUGUUAGAAAGUGAAUGGUCAAUGACUAGUGAACGAGUCACUCAACUGAGCUGAGAUUACCUAGUUCUUUGAUCCCUUGCUUAUUUUCUUUCUUGCUUAACGUUACUGAUUUUAUUGCUUCUUUUUAUUUUGCAUCUACAUACACAUUUACUACUUUCUGAGUAUGCAGUUUUAAAUAGAGAAAACUCAAUAAUCGCUGUGGCAGUGGUGUGUUAAUUUGUUGUGUAACUCUGAAAUUUCUCUAUUUUGAAGGAUUGGUUGGGAAGGGUGUUUUUUGGGGAAAGGAAAGGCAGGGAAAAUUUUUCAUUUUAAAUGAACUUAUUUUAAUUUGAUAAAUUUUUAAAUAAAAUAUAUAAAAUGAUAGAUUAACAUAAGUUUAAUGUAUUAAUCAUCUAUUUGUUAUCAUCAAUGUUGUAUAAUUCUAUUACUUUAAAAAAUUAAAAUUUUUCCCUUCACUCUGUUUCUCUCCUAAAAUUCCUUCCCAAACAACCCAUAAGUUCAUGAUACAGUAUUUAUAUUUAUACUGUUGAUGUGACAUUUGCUGACUAUUGGGCGGUUCACUAAUGCUAAUAAUAUUUAGGUUAAUCAGAAAGACCCAACAUUCCAAAAUUGCAGACAAUCAAGUCAUGAAUAUAAAAUACAUUUUUUAACUUUUAAGGAGAUCCUAAACCAGCAACUCUGGUAAUUUAGUUGAUGCUAUGGACACAUUAACGUUUUUACCUGUGUUAAGCUCCAUGGCAUGCUGAUUAUCUACUAAGAAAGUACUUAUAGAAGUCAUAUUGCAAAACUGAAUAAUGAUUAUUUAUAGCUGUGCUUUGUGAAGUGAAUAUGAUAGAAAAUAAGUGGGGAAAUGGAUUCUGUUUACGUGAAGUAUUGUGAUCUGUUUUGUUUCGUAUUAUAUAUUAUAUAAUGUUUGUUGCUGCUGAGUGACUUUGCGUCAUAUUUCUGUUUUCUGAAUUUGCAGUCUUUAUAUUAAAAUCUGAGACUUGAAGGGAAGCUGUGGUACUUGGCCCAGUAGUAAAACAAAAAGUAUAUUUGUUGUAGAAUAAGUUUUUCCUUGAUUAGGGAAUUUAAUGAAUUUUUUUAAUUUGUAAUUUUGUAUAUUAGAAUACUUAAAUUCUUGACUAUUUCCAAUUUUCUUGUGUUAAUGAGAAGAACCUUGUAAGAGCCAGGUCGUCAUAAAAGUUAGCCAUUGAAGUUGAAGAUUCCAAUGCCUUAUAAACCCGAUACUAAAAUCUCAUAAUUCCAAUGUUGGACUCACGUUGGAUACAUUGGAAUUGGAUUCUAAAAGUUACCAAAUUGGUUUGAGCAUUUUAUUUUUGACAGCAAAACAGUAGUGACACAUAUUAAUCUAUUAGGAGACGGAUGUUGGUUGUGCUAUUUUUUAACAAAGGGAGAACAAUGUAAUUUAAGCACUUAUUUGGUAAUGCUUUGGGCGUUUAAACAAGUCUGAUCAAUAUCCAAGUUUGCUUUCUCAUAUAUUUUUUGUUACGGUCCUUCUAUGGCAUAUCCUUUCUCAGAUUUCAAGUACUCUGAUGGCCUCACUGUAGUGGGUAUCUCCUUCUGCACAGCUAUUGUCUGUGAGGCCAUCUCAUGGGUUCUAAUCUAUCGCACGAAUUCUUACAAGAACCUCCGGUCCUCCAUUGAUAAAGCCUCCAAGAAACUUGAGACCAUGAAGACAGACAGCAACAAAAUCAACAUAAAAAAGUCAAAGACCAAAAAAAUUGACCGUGUGGAAACAAGCCUCAAAGAAUCGAGUCGUGACUUGUCUCUCUUCAAGUUCAAGUCCGGGGGUGUGGUGGCUCUGGUUCUAUUUGUGGUCUUUGGGUUACUGAAUUCACUCUUUGAAGGCAAGGUAGUUGCCAAAUUGCCCUUCAAGCCUUUUGGGCUUAUUAUGAAGAUGAGCCAUCGAGGGUUGCAGGGUAAUGACCCCACUGAUUGUUCCAUGGCAUUUCUAUACUUCUUGUGUUCAAUUAGCAUCAGGACAAAUUUGCAGAAAUUCUUGGGUUUUGCACCACCAAGAGGUGCAAGUGCUGGACUCUUCCCCAUGCCUGAUCCAAAGACCAGUUGAUUGGGUUUAGUGUUAUAUUUAAACUCUUUAUCUAGCUAUUUCUAGAUUGCAGAUUAUUGGAACUGCUUAACUUCAGACAUUUAUAUUUGAUUUGGUUCUCUUAGGGAGACAAGCAUGAUUUUAAUAGGUAACUGAUACUUGAAGCAGUCAACUUCAGUUUUACAAUGAUUUGCUUGUUUUAAGUUUUGAUUUAAUUGCAAUAAAGACUCUUCUCGUCUAU